AUGCAUCCCGGCCAAAGCUUAUCAGAUGAACUUGAGCAUAUGCGCAUCGACUCUGAACCUGUUGGAUUCGCUGGUCGUCAGAUAUCGUGCAGGGAUGAUAAAGUGGCUGUCGCUGGACUCAGCGAUAUCCUAACUCUUCGGAUGAGUAGAGAGGGCGAGAUUGUUGACCGAAUGGUGAUCAAACUGGCCGAGCUAACAACAACGCAUAGUAAUCCCAUAGUAAAGGUUAUAUGGGCUCCAAAUCGUCCUGCUCUUUUGGCUGUUGCCACAAUGCAGUUGAUCAGGAUGUACGAUCUGAUGCUUGACGCAGACAAUUUUGUCGAAGAAUUAGUGCUUCCAGUUGGAAAUGUGGAAGAUAUCGAACUGAUUCAUAGUUCCGCCAAUAAUGAGAUGUGGUUGAUGGUCUUGAGUUCCUCUGGCCAUCUGUAUGAGCAUAAACUGAUCGCUAAAACUGCGGACAACACCUCGUUUUUCUUGACAAACACGGUGACUUUGCCUCACACGCAGCAAACUCUGGGAUCAGGAGUACAGUUUAGAUCUGUCCACUAUUCCUCUGUUUCUGAGCUGCUGUUUCUAUCACUCGAAAAGGGUACAUGGUUUGCACCUAUCGAGAAGGGAAAUCUUUCACGAGAGAAUCUGACAUUCAACUGGACAAGACUUGAACUGUCGACGUCUGUCCACUGUUGGCAGGAAUCGAGCGGAGUUAUGGCUUGCCUUUCUUACCCGGUUGCAUCGUCUCUAGUAUUCAUUUAUCCAACUUUGGAGCAGAUUCUUGUCCAGGUUGUAUGUCUAAGCUUCAGGCGGUGGUCUACGCUACCCGAUUUGUGGAUAGAGAGCAUGCCGAGUGAAAUGUGCGCUCAAGCCGAGAAAGAGAAAGAAGAGCCUGAAACAGAGCUGCAGGAUAGCGACCUGGUCACGGUACGUUCCUUUUUUUUAUGAAA